AGUAUCCAUGUGCGAAAACCCGACACGUUCGGUGAAUUAUAUCCCAUCCCGUGGAUAAACAAGCAGCCGGCCAGCCAAUCAUCACUAUAAUCCAACGGCCGGCCGUAAACAGCGAAAACCCCUUUGUCCGCCAUAACCACCAAUCAUCGAACCCAUUUUCCGACCACACACCUAGUAGUCCCCUCCCUAACCAUGGCCAUGGCAACACCCCCCAAGAACACCAAACCCAUUAUUAUCCCACACAACGGCUUCUGUUAGAUGGAGGCACGACGUCGUCUCGCCCUUCUCUCUUCCCACCUCCGCCCAACAACCACCGGUUCCCCCACUUCGCCCGUUUCGGCUUCGAAUUGUGCUUUGGCUUCGGUUUGUGAAAAGGGUAAUCAGGAGAGGGAUUGUGUUUUCUGCAGAAUCAUUCGAGGCGAGUCUCCAGCUUUGAAGCUUUAUGAAGAUGACGUAUGCCUAUGCAUAUUGGAUACAAAUCCAGUGAGUCGUGGGCAUUCUCUUAUUAUACCAAAGUCACAUUUUCCAUGCCUGCAAGCAACUCCUCCACCUGUAAUUGGAGCCAUGUGCUCAAAAGUACCUUUUAUCAGCAAUGCAGUUGUCAAAGCUACCGGUUGUGAUUCAUACAACUUGCUGGUCAACAAUGGUGCGGCUGCAGGCCAAGUUAUAUUUCACACUCACCUCCAUAUAAUUCCUCGCAAAGCACGGGAUUGUUUGUGGGCUUCUGAGAGCUUGCCGAGGCAUCCUUUGAAGUUAGACCACGAAACUUCCCAACUUGCUGAUCGAAUUCGGAAAGAAUUAUUGUUCUUCAACAGCUCCAAAGAUGAUGAGGGUCAAGGAUCUACUCUAUCGACGAACUAAAUCACCGAUGCCCAUUUGUAGACUAUUGUAACAUCUGCGAAUUACAUACAGAGCUACUUUUUUUUUUUUCUUUUUUUCUUUCCUCUUUCAGGAUUAUAGUACUCAACUUGUUCUUGGUUGGUUUGCUUUAUAAGAUGGUUCAAUUACCCCCAAAAAAAAAAAUUGCGGAAAUUUUGCUGUAUUUGCUUGAGAGGAUGUUAUAGUUUUCCAUGUUUGGACAAUACUCCUAUUUAAACUGUUGCUUGCGAUUGAGCCAUUUGCAGUACUUGGAAGGAA